GUUGUCAGUUUAUUCUUUUAUUCUAACAACUUUUUGGCAGCGGUGUCAUCUGGCACAGCUAAUGGUUGCAGUGACGUAGCUAGAAAUGCUGGCUCAUUGGUUCACAACCGUUAGUUUUAAAAUGAAAACAAUUCAGAGGAAACCGCGUUUACGUUCCGGUUUUCUGUGGUUCCUUAGAGAAGAUAUAAUUACGAUAAGCUGCCGAUACUCUCACAAUUUCUCGCUGAUUAGGGAGAGCAGUGAUACCAUGUGUAAGUCACAUGAACGACGAGGAUGAGGCACAAACAACAAGGGGGCAGCUUGUUGAGAGAGCCGCCGCUCACUGUCAGCCGUAGGGAGGGGGUCUACUGCUGCUGCCGUAGAAGCCGCUGCUGCUGAGGCUGAAGGCCCUGCACCGGCAGCCUACCUGUGUGUGUGUCCCCCACCCCACCCUGGACAUAUGCAAUGAACAGCACCACACAGCCCCCUGCCAUCAGUGAUGGAGAUGCGGCAGUCACCUAUGUGUUGGUGCCAUUUUUCCUCAUCACUAUAAUUGGGAUAGCUGUGGCCGUGAUCCUGUAUGUGCGAAGGAAAAGAAGGAUCGACAGACUCCGUCAUCAGCUGUUGCCGAUUUACUCCUAUGACCCCUCAGAGGAGCUCCAUGAAGCCGAACAAGAGAUUUUGUGGAAAGAGGAGGACACUCGGAUUGUACAGAGCUGGGCCAGAAGUUAUCAACAACACCGCCCUCUCCUGGCCAGUGACGUCAAUGCCUGACAGUGACUCAUGGUUAUCAGGAGUAAAGCUGGACUUUGAGCUGGAGAUCUGUUGCUGCCAUUGUCUGUUUCUACUCUUGAUUUUUUUUCUUUGGGUACUACUAUUUAUCACGGUACAUUGAAAUAUUUCAGCCAUAGACUGCGUUGUUCUUGCUCAGUUUGUAAACACUUAAUCCGUGAGUUUCUGAGGACAAUCUUACGUGCGUAAUUAUUUAUUAUUUGAACCAUGUUUUAGCUUGGUGCUCAGCGACAUGGCUCAAAGUGAAGGAGGGUCAGUCGAGGUGUGGGUUUCCACAUCAGACAUUCACAUUUGGGUUGCGCAUUUUUUUACUGUUGAAGCACAGAUUUACUUCGCUAGUUAAAAAUAUUACCUCUGCUGUUAAAAAGUUCAUCAUCACAGCAUCAAUUGCAGUCAUUUACUAGAUUAUGUUAGCAACAAUGACCUUUUUUAAACUCUAUAAAUGCACUGUAAAGUUUUUCUUCCAAGAACAACUUACGCUUGUACACCUUCAAUUGUCAAGCUGGUAUCAAAUUCUGAAAUGAAGACAAAUUGUGGGUCAAAGGGCAGAGCGGCGUCUGUUCUGGUUUCAAUUUGUCCAGACAUCUUGACUCUUCUGCUGUUGAACUACAUCCAGUGACUCUUGACAGAGGCAUGAAGAGGAAGAUAUGAAAGUAAAUAGCAACAUCCUCAACAUCAUAGAUGAGCUGUGACUCUUACCCCAAAUAUGUCCUGUCCACCAGGCAUGGCACCAGGAUGAGGUUACGCACAGCCAAAGAAUCUGUGGAUUAAAAAUAAAGAGAAACAAACCAAAGGUCUGACUGUUUCAGUUGAGCAGGAAAAAAAAACAUAAAUCAGAAGCUUUUAGCUUGUGAAGACUGUUGGUACUGGAAAGAAGGACCUCUGCUGGAUCUAAGAAGGAAGAAGUUGCAGGAAAGAAGAAUUUGUGAGGAUGCAACAAAAGUCCAAUCGUUUUCACAUCAAUACAGACUUAAAGGGAUGUCAAUUGAGAAAUCAAGUGCCACAGUGGGACUGACUGGAAGGUCCCGUUUCCUUAACGACUUAAUUUUGCGCACCACCAGUCCACCAAGCCGACGUAUCGGUCAUUAUUAAAAGCACCGAUAACGGGAUUUCAAUGUGCAUGCAAAACUAACAAAAUUACACGAGUCUUGUUUACCCAUCACUCAGGAACAUUUCCCCCAAUCAGAGACGUUGCUUCCAUUUUCUUUUAAACUUAAAAUGUACCAAAUAUGGGAAUAUAACGGGAGUGGGAUACCCAUCAGUCAUACAGAAUAGCAAUUGUAAAUAAAAUGACCAUUGAUGAGGCUCAAUUUGUUCUUGAGGAGUUAACAUUAACAAGUUGAUGCUAUGAAUAAACAAAUAAAAAUGACAAAGAAUUCUCUUUAUUGACCUUUUUUGAUACAAAUUGUAGGGCACCAUAGAAAUAUAGACAUUGUACAUUUAUAUACGGUGUACAUUAAAAAGAAUGAUCCCAUCCUGUCGAGGUGACUGUAUAUAAAUGCGCAGAUGAAUGUGGAUCUGUAGCAUGACACUGGUAUCGAGGACUAUUCAGAGGGUGCAGAGAAAAGUAGAGUAUGAAGAAGACGACUGAAGUGCCACGACGCAACAUACCCAACGGUAGGGUGAACUGAAGAGGAGCGCCCCGUCGAUCAAACAUUUGUCCAUGAAAACAGAACCAACAUUUCAUUUCAGUGCACCAGAAGUUUUAAGAGGAUAAAAACACAACCUGCUAGUCUACCACAAUCAGUGAACACAGAUGUCAAGCUGACAGGUCUCCCUGACGUCACACAUACACACUCAAACAAACAAACAAAAAAAAAACUGUCUGCACAAGCGAAAAUGUGUUUGCAUACGCACACCAUCACCAACUUCACAUCCAAAACA